UUGAGAUUGGUGAAGAGUGUGCGAUGGAUUCACAAUGUCAACUGCAGGCGAAGUUGCUGGCUCGUCGCGAAUAAUGUCGUGUAACUUUCUCCGCAUCCGCGACUCGCGACCCGCGACCCGCAAAGCCACGUCUUGAUCGACAGCGUUGAGCGUGUCACGAAUACGAGAAGUGCAGACUACAGCUUGACCAGAAACCCCAUGAACAACCCAACAAUCACAACACAUAGUUUUUCUGUCGUUGGCGGACUCCGACCUUGCAAGGAGCACUGCCGGAGGCACGCAUCACCCAGGCGUCAUGCCCCCAAAGCCCUCUGUUCGGGGAGAAUAUAUCGAAACUGAAACCGGCAACAAGAUCAGCCGCCGAGCCAGCGUCCUGGGCCCGCGCCAUAUCAUCCUCGCCGGCAAAUGUGUCAUUCAGCAAGACGUCGUCAUCCACGGUGACCUUGUUCGCCCUCCGCAGUCCAAGCCUCCCUCUCAGCAGCAGCAGCAGCCGGGCGACCAGAAGUCGGUGGCCCAAGAUCAAACAUCGAUUCACUUGGGCCGCUAUGUCUUUAUCAGCCCCGGCUGCACCCUCCACCCCCCGUCCCGCCUGACCACCGUCCCCAGCCCGAACGGCGGUGAACCGCAGCAGAUGAUGACCUACUUCAUGCUCCGGAUCUCCGACUACGUCUACAUCGGCCCCAACACACACAUUCGGGCCGCGGAGAUCAGGAGCAAUGUGUGGAUAGGGGCCAACUGCACCAUCGGGAACAUGGUCAUGAUCAAGGACAACGUCAAGAUCUUGGACGGCACGGUCCUCCCUGCGAACACCGUCUGGGCGGGAGGCACCAUCAUCGCCGGGCGGCCAGGAAGGGUUGUGGGGGAGAUCGGUGAAGGGUGGGCUGCCGGUGGAAGCAGUGGCUCGUCCGUGGACGAAGGAGUUGGGGUCAAGAGCAGAGAAAGAUGGGCCGCCGUUGGGAACAAGAGAUAAAUUUGAACCCGGACACCAGCCAUGGAUGAAAUGCCGUCCUAUUUGUAUUCCAACUCCACGCAGUCCAGCAAGAGGCAUCACCUCCCCAGACAUAUCGGAAAAGAGGCAACGCAACGGCAUGCAUUGGACAUAUAUUCCCAUCCCAUCGAAUUGAGGAGUACUAUGGAUCGAAGAAAUUACCCCGAUAACACUCCAGACAUGCCAGCUGCCAGGAUGAGAGCUCUCAAUUGCAAAUUGUUGUGAGCUUUACAAUAGCUUGUGGAGAGGGCAACAGGCAAGAGUCUAUCCUCCAUCUCGCUCACGAUGCUGAAAAUGCCAUUGUGCUCCGAACUGCCUUCCCCCGUCGAAUAUCCCGAAGUCCAUUCCUUCUCAACUGGACAACGACCCUGUGGAUCGCCCCCCAGUGAGAGUUGCAUCGAUCAAACGACAUUCUCCCCCUCCAUCCCGGCCACCCUGAAGUUCUCGGCUGUCCAACUCCAUCUCGACGGCUUGCGGGAUGACUGUGACGAUGGAGUCAGAGGAAACGUCGUCCAAGCAGCGUCGCACGAGCUGAAAUGCCGAUGGCGUUGAUGUGGGUGGUGACGAUGCUCGGAUACGCUCACAGGCUGGUUUGGGGAUCGGAAUGAACAAUUCUUCAUGUCUGUUGUCAAAGGCCAAUCAUUUCGGACGUCAUCUGUUGCUCGACCCUCGCCAACCAUAGAUCUUGGCGUGUGCACUGAAGUUUGGCCGAGCGUCUUCCUUGGAUCUUGUAAUUCGUUGUUCAGCUCAGGGGGAUGCUGGCGCAGCGGACUCUCAAAGACGCUGUAUCUCUCCUCGUGACCUUCUUUUGAUGCCGACCUAGAGGUUGGUGCUCGCCGAGAAUGAGCACUCGAAGGUCGUUCCAGUGUGAGCCCAGCUAUCCGCACUGGUUUGGUGGUUGAAGGUUGGUUGUCAUCCUGAUCCAUGUCGGGGUUAUGCCUUCCGCGACGUGGGUUGAGAGGUGCAGGGACAAGACUGUCGCGCUCGUACUGGAAUACUGGAGGUUUCCAACCUGCAUCUUGAUGUGGAAUUGUGGAAGGUGCUGGGCAUUGAGCCACCGGAUAAUGUUGCGAAAGUGGAUGGUCUUUUGGGAUCGGGAGAGCUGCCAUCACAUCGUCACGGUGUUGGUGCAUCGGUGGGAACCCAUUGUACGAUGUCAGUCGAGGCCUGUGUCCUGCCUCUAUCGAGUCUCUGUCGCAGACUUGAGAAGGAUACGAGCAUGCCGGAACGGCUUCGACCUCCGCAAUGCCGGGCGCAUGACGAUAUUCGACCAAGGUCGGGACCGGAAGCGGCGCCAUAUUGUCAUGCCCAUAUGCGAAAUCGCCGUAUCGAUAUCCACCCAGCUUCUCGAAUGACGCUACGUCCGUGGGUCUUGGUCCUUUUUCAACAUCUCUUAGGUCUCUCGUCCCAGCCUCGACGCCGGAGAUGGACCCAGAAACGAUUGCUUGAUCGGCCUUUUCGUUGACACCUUGUUGUCGUUCCAUCGCUCGCAUCUCUUCUGGAUCUUCUGCACUGUUUGGUACCUGGGCCCAGCUGACUCUGUCAAGGAUCUUUCUCCACCUCCACCUUCCGCCUUGAUUGUCUGCCUGCUGCUCCAAAUCUGCCGUGUUACCCGCACGGAUCCUCAAAUUUUGAACGCCGUGCCUGGGAUCGCCGUUGUUUUCUAUUGCUGUUUCAUCAUUGGGUUUGUCGUGCAUUCGGCUCUUGUGGUAUGUUCUCCAAAUUGCGAUGCCUGCAACAAGUAGGAUUACCCCUGUGAUGCUGAAGAAGGAUAUCAUUGCCGGUUCAUUCAUGAUUGCGGUCUCUCUUCUGGCUAUCACUCUCGGGUAUGUGGAUAUAGGUAUGGGUAGAACCUCCGGUGGGGCAAAAGCUCGUAGAAAGCAGUGAACUCGGAUCCCGUCUCUGAUGGAAGGGGAGUAUAGAUAGAACAGAAGGAAAUGGGAUGGGUUCAAAUGAUUGACAGGCUUAGGAAGGCUGGAUGGAACGCUGAACCAUUGAUUGAGCGGGAAGGAUAGGAGGAAUGCUCUGGGUCGAGAAACAAAUUGGAAGAAGACGAAUGUGUGUGAAUGUUCCGCUGAUGAAGCUGGACAUAGAGUUCGAUGAGGUGUCUAAAUAAAUACCGACGAUGUUAGGGGAUUGCGCAGGUGCAAGAUCUCGUCGCUUUCUCUGUGCCCACACCACAAACAAGACUCCCCUGAUCCAUAUCGAG